AAAUGGUAUUCGUCACGUACACAGUGUACAGCAUAGAGGCUAUAAAAGGUUCCACAAAAUUAUUGUGUUAGCUCCCACAACAAUGCAGUGCAAACAUCUAUAUCAAUCAUUUAAAAACGUCUGAUUUAAAAAUACAAAUUAGUUUAGGUAAUUAGCUUAUACAAAGUAAUGAACCGAUAUGUACACAAUAGGAUAUACAGUAUAUAUCAUGAAUGUGCUAUGUCAAGUAUGACUGUAUUUACAAAUAUAAAGUAGUGUCUUCGUGGCUAUCAAGCACUUAUUAACACUGAAAUUAAUCCUCUCCUGAACUCGGCGACCGUUGUUUAGAUUUUUCAAUUAGUGAUGGACUUUUAAAUUGAGGGGCACAGUAGGCUACCGGUCCUUGCUUCAUCAGAGAGACGGUGCAAGUGGAGGUCUCGUAUUAAAAGCUUGCAGGUGCGAUGUCAAGCCCACAGUGGCUACUUACUACUGACUAUAAUCAAUCAGGGGUUGAGACAGGAGGGAGCGACACAAGGGUUGAGGGAGCACAGCAGAACUGAAGCACCGUUGAGCAAGCUUCCAAAGCGGCAUGCGAAAUCACACGACACCGAUUGCUGUGUGGUUGUGGUUCAGUGUGGUUGGUCCGGUUUUCUACAAGAGGCGGUUAUAGUUCUGAGCAGCGGUUCUGAAGGAUGACCGCUGAACGGUUCGGCCUUGGAUCCUGGUGAGCGGUGUCUGAUGUCCGAACGGCGGCAGCAUGGCUCAUGGAAUCGCCUCUCAGGGCAAAGUGACCAUCACAGUGGACGAGUACAGCUCCAACCCCACACAGGCCUUUACCCACUACAACAUCAACCAGAGCCGCUUUCAACCUCCACAUGUCCACAU